CCGGUCUGUCUUUUCACGCGAUAUUUUGAACCGGAUAAUUGUGUGCCACGUAGAAGUGGGUACCGGUUUGGCGCACAGUGGUUAAAGGAGAAGCAGGGAAGGUAAAAUGGGUCGGUUUUCGUUGAAAAGUGGUGUUGGUUGUGCCUUAUUGGUAGCCAUUUUGAUGUUCUGUUGUUUGGCGCACACAGUCUUAUCCCAGUCACAGGGGGAUUUUCAUCAUGGCCAUAGUCAUGGUCACCAUGGACAUGGCCAUAGUCAUCAUGGACAUGAUUGCCAUGGACACAGUCAUUCCCAUCAUGGACAUAGUCAUGAGGAUCUUCACCAUGGCCAUAGCCAUGUUCAUCAUGGGCAUAGCCAUCAGGAUCACCAUGGACACAGCCAUGAGGAAAGCCAGCAAGGACAUAAUCAGGAUCAUAAAGAGCAGAGUCAUAUAGAAGUGGAGCGCACCAAAAGAGAGGCAGCAGCUGGAGAUAAUUUACUACAUGGUCAUGGGUCAAAAGAGAAAAUGGAACCUGUGCAACUCUGGACAUAUGCUAUAUGUGCCACACUCCUGAUAUCAGCUGCUCCCUUCUUCAUACUCUUCCUGAUACCUGUACAGUCUAAUAGCAGCCAGCACCAGUCCCUGCUCAAACUACUUCUGAGCUUUGCCUCAGGUGGGCUUCUUGGAGACGCCUUCUUGCACCUUAUCCCUCAUGCACUUGAGCCACAUUCUGUACACGAGGCAGUUGAAGAGCCUGAAGAAUCACAUGGUCAUGGACACUCUCAUGGUCAUAGCCACUCCCAGAUGAUGUCAGUUGGCCUUUGGGUCCUUGCUGGAAUCAUUGCCUUCCUUGUUGUUGAGAAGUUUGUGAGGCAUUUAAAAGGAGAACAUGGACAUGGUCAUGGACAUAGUCAUGCCGCAAAGGAAAGCUUAGUGGAUAAUGCAACAGAGAAGGAGGAGGAAAAAGACCUAGGGAAGGAUGGUGUGAGACACAGAAAGAAAGGAAGUAGUAAUGUGCAGAAAGGAAAAAACGGCAAAAAGGAACCACAAUCAGAAAUGACCGUUUCUGGCUAUUUAAAUCUUGCUGCUGAUUUCACACACAACUUCACUGAUGGACUAGCAAUUGGAGCCUCGUUCCUAGUCAGCAGCAGUGUUGGAAUUGUCACCACAAUCACAAUUCUCUUACAUGAAGUACCUCAUGAAAUUGGGGACUUUGCUAUCCUGGUGCAGAGUGGAUGCACGAAGAGGAAGGCAAUGAUGCUACAGCUCAGUACAGCUUUGGGAGCACUGGCAGGCACCGCUUGCUCACUCUUGGCAGAAGGAAUUGGGGAAGCUGCGACUUUAUGGAUCCUGCCAUUUACAGCAGGGGGAUUUAUUUAUAUUGCAACAGUUUCAGUAAUCCCAGAACUCCUGAAGGAUUCGCGCCCUUCUCAGUCCAUCCUUGAAACUUUUGGACUUCUCCUUGGGGUCGCUAUGAUGGUUCUUAUUGCACAGUUUGAGUAGUCACUCACUACAAGGUCAACAAACAGGGAAACAUGUCAUGGCAUUUUUGGGUCUUUGUUAGGAUGAGAUCAUGUGUCUUUCAGGGAUGUACCUUGGCCACCUAUAUUUUGCUAAAGAUUAUGUCUUAGUUAGAGAUUUGUGAUAUAACAUUUUACUGCCAUUAACUAGGCAGUUUUGAUGUCUUUAUACUGCAAUACUUUUAUGUCCUUUGGCUUCCACGAACCACAGUGAAGUACUGCAAAGCUUUUAAAGGGGAUAAUGCGCUGUCUAUAUCACGCUACAUUGUAAUAUAGACAGUGACAGUCUACUUCUCGCAACCUGGAAGACUGACUAAAAGGAGGCAUAAAUAAAGAUAAGUUCUGUACAAUAUAAAUAUAGUCUCCACCUGAAUCUUCUCUGCGGUUGCCAGGGACACACAACUGACAAAUUCCGGUUUCCAGGUUUCAAAGAAAAAAAAUACAUGUACAGGCACACAAAACACAGACCAACUGCAAACUACACUUUAGUAGAAGUUAAUAUCAUAGAACUCUAUGAUAUACAUUUGAAAUGCCAAGAUAGUUUUCAGCCCUUUUUGUUUUUUUUUAUUUUGGGACCAAAUCCUGCAAUCAUGAGACCCACCAUUUCUUUUAUUAGAUCAAUUGGGAUAGCUCAAUCAAUCUGCCUUUGCUAAUAUUAAAUGUGUUUUGUUUUUCUUAAAUUCUGUAAAUUAGAUUUAUUUUUAUAAUAAUAUUUGGGGGUUACACGAAAGUAAAUGCUGGAACUUUUAUCAGAUGAGUGAACUACAUUAUUGGGAUCAGAGCAGAUGUGUUUAUAUCUGAGCAAAAAUGAAAAUUGUAUAACUAGUAUGUAAUGGGAAGAAAAUAGAGGGACUUUCAUAAAUGUAUGCUUUAAAGGAGAAGGAAAGGCUAAUAAAGAAUUAAUCUCAAGCUGCAGGCAUACCUUCAGUUGUCUCAAUAGUGCCCUUAAGUCUCCCCAUAUUUCACCUGUUCAGAUGAUCAGAAGCCAAACAGGAAGAAAAAACGCUGAGCUGUGUAAAGAAAGUUCCCAUAAUGCCUCACUCCUGCACUGAGACCAAGUGUACAUUCUCAGUUAGUUAGACUAUGAGUCAGCUUCCUGCUGAUUGGCUCAGAUCCACAUUCCUAAGGAGGGGGUGGGAGCAGGAGAGAGCAGAGAGCUGCGUGUCUCUGGCACAUGAAUUACAGACGCAAGAAAUCUUUUGACAGAAGUCAGUGCAGCAUUUCUGUGAGUGCUUAUGGCUGUAUUUACAUAGACCUUUCUGAUAAAGCUUACUUAGUUUUUACCUUUCUUUCUCUUUUAACAAAAAUGUGGUGUUUCUGUGUCGGUGUAGCAGUAUUUGGGAUGACUGGUGUGUGGUUAUCUAUUAUUUGCUACCUUUCUGCAUUCCUAAAUAUCAGGAGUCAUUGUUACAGAUUAGUGUAAUGUUUACUUCCUCACAAAUCACUCUUUCAUAAUGAUUCUAAACCAGCAAACUCUAUAGGUUUGCUGUUUUUUAUGUUUUUGCAGGUGUGUUAUAGGGCAUAGGGAGGUUUUAACCAUUCUCCUACCCUGUCUUUUGAGUUGUCUAAACAUGUCCAAAUGACUACAAAGAUACUGCACCAGCACUUGUCAGUUGGUACCUAAAAAUGUGUACCAGAGAAUUUGUAGGUGAGAAUCUUGCUUUCAGGCAAUUCUUAUAGUGACCAGUAGAGGGCAGUUUUGUAUGUGUUGGUCCUGGAUGUUGGGGCUACUAAAAAACACAGUAGGCUACAUUCCCUAAUUCUUCAUGUCUGCCAUUGCCCUUAAAGGAUUUUUCAAAUUGUUUGUAAGAAAAUACCGCUAAUAAAGUUUAAAACAAAAAUGAAA